GAUCUUUGUACCAAAACCGGGCUGUGCAUAUCUGGACGUGUAUCCCAUGACCUCUGCGUAAUCGCCAUAUCCAAGGCAUCUCCCGCGCAACGCAGACUUCCUGCACUUUGGUCACGCGACACCUAUACAACAUCAUCUAUCCUUACUUACAGCUUCAAUUCGAAGCUACGAACUGGACGACCAUGGCCGACGAGCCAGAAUGGAGCAGCAAGCCUGCGUGGAAGCUCCCGGGCUGGGCCGAGCCUUUGGUAUGGUAGCCACGAUCCUCUUUGGUGCUAUGGCCCUUACGCGACGACGGAACUAUAGAAUAUUCGAUAGAUCGACAGAGAGCCAUGCAGGUGUUGGAUACCUCGACGGCGAUUCGCAGAGCUCGUCCGAUGCGCUGCUCUCAUAUUCCUCCGACGACGACAGCGACCUGACAGAUGUCAACACAACAAAGUACCCUCCCAAGGUGCGGAAAUGGUGCUGCACCAAGGUUGCCAUGCCCAACACAUCGCGCUUCAGAAACAACAUUCACAGCCGCAUCCUGCAGCGCUUUCCAUUCUUGAUCGAGAUGUUCUACUGGAUCAUCAAUUACGCCUUCUAUCGAAUGACUGCGGUUCUCUCGGCGAAACUGUUUGCAGGGAGGGGAAUUUGGGAUGUCUCACAAGAGCAUGGAAUUGCAGUACUGGAGGCUGAAGACCAUGGCAUACUGAGCUUCCUCUUUCCCAUCCGCGAGCAGAGCGUACAGCAGUGGUUCAUGCAUGGCCACCAGGAUGCGCUUACAGUGCUGAACAAGUGCUAUGCUCUCAUCCACAUUCCCGGUACUGUUGGCUUCAUCUGCUGGUACUACUAUGUUGCGCCUUCGUUCGAUACAUUCGCUAUUGCCCGCCGAACGAUGACCCUGACUAACUUCUGCGCGUUCAUUACCUUCGUCAUCUACCCCUGCAUGCCUCCUCGCCUGCUCCCCUCGAAGUACGGCUUCCUCGAUACCGUCCACCACGACGACGCUCAAAGUGUAUGGAUGAGCGGCAAAUAUGUCAACCAGCUCGCAGCAAUGCCCUCCAUGCAUUUUGGCUACUCCUUCUGCAUCGGCAUGACUAUGAUCUACCACUCUGGUCUCUUCCGCCGUACACUCGAGCGCGGCGAGGUGCGCAAGAACGCUUUCUGGAAGAUCUUCUACCUCCUUGUUGGUCUUGGAUACCCGACGUUCAUUCUGAUCACCAUUGUUGCGACUGCCAACCACUACUUCAUGGACGCCAUGGUCGCAACCUCGUUCGUCCUAUUUGCCUUCCUGUGUAACAAGGUAUUUUACGUCUUUAUUCCGCUCGAGGAUCUUCUGCUCUACGUUCUCCGAGUAGACAAGCCCACACCCACCACUGGCGAUCGCUUCCACGAGCGCGGCGGACGCUUGUAGAUGCACCAGUUUUCCUGCAGCCUGUAAAAAGCAUUUGACUAUACUUCGACAUCUACUCGUUUUACACACCUUUGGCUUAGCUUGGCGGCAUUGGACCGGCGUUGGUUAGAGCGAUUCUAU